UAUUAAUAUUAAGUGUCUUAAAUUUUUCAUAUUAUUAAUAUAAUAAUUAAUAAAUUAUUACAUAACAUUUUUAUUUCUCUCUUUAUUAUUUCUUAAAAAUAAAAAAAUAGAGGAUAGUAGAAAGUAGAUGGAAAAAUCAGAAAUGCCCCGUUUGUAACAGAAAAAGAUACAAAAGACAAAGAAUAAUAAAAUUGCCGUUGAUAUAGCAAAUAAUCGGUCAUCCAAAACGAAAAAUGUUCUUAAUAUGUGGCUAACAAUAUUGUUAAUUCAAUAAUAAAUUGUUGUCAACGAGAGAUGCGUGCUGACAAUUGAUAACAAAACACUGCCGUUACGAUGUGUGUUUAACACUUUCUCAUAUGAUUCUGAUUUAAUACUUGGAUUAUAAUUGGUGCGACUUUCAUUUUUUUGUUGCCGCAUCAACGAUAGAGAUAAUAAAACUGCCAUCUUCCGUGUAAUUUUCACUUUCUCGAAAAAUUUUCACCACUCGUUUAAAAGUUACUUUCGCAUUCACGGCGAGCUAUAAUAGCUUCGCUAGAUAUCAUAUUAAAUGAUAGCGGUAAAUGCAAAUAAUGUCGUUCUCUGCUAAAUAUUACACACUCUUAUGCAAAUAUACAAUUCUAAUCAAAAGUUUCACUACUUUCACUGAAAAUAGAGUUUUCUUGUCUUUUUAUUAACACUUGUUUAUGAUAAUUUAGUUGUAUAGUAAUAAUUUAGCUAUAUAAUAAUAACAUUAACUAACAUUAACUUCCUCUACAAAUUUUCAGCUUGAAACACUGUUCUGUGCUACAAGACUGAUUGCCUUAUCACUGAUCUAAUGGAUGAUUACUCGCUAUCAGAUACCCUAAUAAAUACGCAUCAAUGUUAGAAAUUUGAAGCAUGAAUCGUGAUACACAUUGUGAUUGCAAAUUCCAAUCAUAUCCGUUAUUUCCGAGAAUAUCCGUUAUUACUAUUUGAGUUCUUUCAAUUAAUUUGAAAUAUUUACCAUACCAAAAGCAUUAAUAGAUGUCGAAUGUUAUAAGGAGUGUACUAAAAAUUCGCUUUCUGCACGCGUACCCGGCACGCAGGAUGAGGGAGGAGAAGUUGGGAAGGGAAGAUUUAUUGGAGCGGCUCGAAGCCGCGGAGUUGCUAAUUGCGUUUGCUACUGUGUGCAGGAAAGUGUAUUCUCGUUACGCCGCUCAGGUUUUCAAUUACGGGCUGACCGACCGGCCGGGCCCGCGUUUCAGGAUGAUUAUCAGGCUACCAUUAUUUCCGGUACUUCCGCCGAGUCCUACGAUAUGUUUAUGCCAAUUACGGACGUCGGUGGAAUCGCGCAGCUAACGGAAUAAUCUUUCGGAUGACAUCCGGGCAAAUGAGCCACGAACACGCGCCGUUACUAUUGCGACGGCGCACCACAAUUACUAUGCGAUAAUAGAUCGAUAGCAUUGCUGGGGAAUGCAGCGAUAACGAACAAGGCCAAUGCGCGCCGAUGAUUGAACAUCUGUUACGUUUGUCUGUAUUUUAUAAUCGAGAAAGAUUAAUAAAGCGUUGAUUGAUUUCGUAUUCACGUAUUCGCUAUUAAAUGCGCGAUAUACGAUUCCGAAAGUCAAUCACAUAACGGUCAACGAACUUUUGCGAUCGUCAUAUUUCUUGUCGAAUCUCAUCCAAUCAAAUCUUGUCGCGUGACCGAACACCCGAAAUAGUCUGCGCGAAACUGACGGAGCCGUGUGGAUUUUUCGAACGCGCAGCUGCGGGACCGUAAUAAAGUUUCGCGCCGGUCGAAUUUGUACAUGCACAUAACUUGUCGCCAGUGAGUACAUAUCCGAGGCCCGAUGAAGUUCGUUAACUUUGCAACGCGGCGGACCCGUUCGUUCCCGCUGCGAAUUAUGGCGAGCAUCGCGUUUAUUGUCAACUGCACACGAGGCACGAAGCAAGCGCGCUCGCUCUCUCUCUCUCUCUCUCUCUGUGAAAACGAGGCUUAACGCGCAACGGGGGAUCGAACCCUCCCUGCACCCUGAAGGGCUUCCAACCCCUUUUCAUGAGAGAGGAGAUAGCGUAGCUCUCCUCUGUCCCCUUUGCUUGGUCUCUGUUCAAACCCUAGGCGAGAGUUGCGUGUACCCCCGGUAAACUCCACCUGAAUCAUCCAAUUCAGCAACAGCCCUUCAAGAAGAGAUUAACGCGCCACGCUGUGGCACAAAGAAAAACCAGCUUGAGGAAGCUGGCAAAUCCAGAUAUCUCACCGCGUAAUUGCUCUAUUGAGAAUGCAAAAUUUUCGAGAAGCACGACUCUGUCAGAAUCAGGAGGAAAAGUGCCCCAAAGAGAUGAACGUAUUGCUUGACGUUAACUCUUGAAUACUCUUAAAUGGCUAAAUUUGGUAAUAGAAAAAUUAAAUUGUAUGACCACAAUAAUAGAAACCAUCAAACAAAUACAAAAAAGUAAUUUUUUAUAAUAUCCUGUAAUAUCCAUUUUGCAGAUAAAAAAUAUUUCCUUG